AUGGCGCAAGAUGCAGCAAACGCCUUCCCGCUGUUGCUGUCUCGGGGGGACUCCGCGUUGCAGCUCUACCCAGCCUAUGCGGCGGCUAUCGCCAACGAAUCUGCGUCUGCCAACGAUGACAGCGCGGGAGACCAGAACUAUGAGUCUACGGCAAACGAUGACAGCGCGAGAGACCAGAGUGAUUGGGAUCUUGACCUGCAGGCGUUGCAGCUGUGGUGGCAAGACAAUAUGACUGCGUAUCAGCAACCGGCCGAUAGGCUUGCCAAUUUGCCGAUGGGAAUCAUGAGUGUGAUUGCUGAAUAUCUACCAAGAUGCAACCUCGUGACCCUUUCGCUGACCUGUCGUCGUCUGCGGCGGCUGAUAUACGGCCAGCUGGAGCGCAACAUUUCGGAUGUCCUGACCCGACACGAGUACUUGGAGUUUCUGCAUGAAAUCUCGCACAACAACGCCGACGAAUGGGUAUGCAAGGAGUGCUACGCAAUCCAUGAGGUAAACUUAUACGACACUCCCGAGAGCCCACAUCAAGUCAACUGUCCAAUAGCAUUGUACGGCGACGCCCGGACUGGACCAAACGGUGAGGUGCAGACAAUCGAGCCCUGGCUUGGGACGACGGGUGUUCAUCUGAUGGAGUACCACCUGGGGUAUCAUCAUGUCCAGCAUAUUCUCAAGUAUCAUAGGCUAUCAAGCUUGACAGAAUCGCAAAAGGGUCACUUGAGACGGUUGAUGGCUCCUCAUGAACGGUUCAAUGCAUUUCGAGAGGCUGGUCAUUCCGAUGACACAUCCAAACAUGAGGUCCACCUUAGAGUCUUCCAGCAGGAUAUUCUGGCGCUGUCUCUACGGUCACGGCGCCUGAACUCUCGACACAUGACGGUGGAUGAUAUGAAUGGCGUCUACAUAUGCCCUCAUCUCCAGGUGACCUUUGGGUUUCCAGGGUGCCAGCUGGAGGGUCCGAUACACUGGCCGCGUCUGCCGUAUCCAGCAAGGACCGAAAAUGAGCGUUCGCCGCUGGUCUUGUCCCUUGGCGCGGCGCUGGCGUUACCUGGCAUGAGUCUGGCCGGAUCGUGCUCGAGCUGCCCUAUCGACUACACGGUAGAAUGCGAGGACAGCCAAAGCGCAGAAAUUCGUGCCUGGUACCGUUUGGGUGGCGAGUGCGUCGGUGGUGAGGACAGGUACUGGCGGGCUUUGUCGGUGGACAUGCGGGGGAACGCGCCAGACCACUCACAGUUUUCCGCCCCGACUGAUCCGGGUACGGUGCGGCUUCUUUAUACAUCAUACAACUUGUAUAUGUGGCAGCGGCUGAUUGAGGACUCCGCAGCGAGCUACAAGGCGCGGUUUGGCUCAUAUCCUCUUCCAUGA